AUGGCGUCCGCCUGCUUCUUAAGCUCCGUGAACUCCGUGUACUGCUUCUGGGCGCUCUCCAGCAGCUUCGCGAGGGACGACAGAUCCGACUUGAACUUGAGUAGCUUCUUCUUAUCCUCAGGCUCGAAGUCGUCCAGGUUGUCGAAGAGCGUGGGAUCCACCUCGGGCGCCUUCCACUCCGUAGCCGAAGCCUCGUCCUGUGAGGGGAUGGCCUCGCUGGAGUACGCCCGCAGGACUGCCUCGUGCUCCUCCUCCGCGUCAGCUGCCUCCUCCAGCGCCUUGUUGUGCCUCUCCGUGGCGACGCCAAGACAGCGCUCCGCCUCCGCGAGUUGGCUCGUCGCCUUCGCCAGCGCCGCCUUCUUCUGGUCGAAGUUGCUGAUCGCCUGCCUGAGCGCCUUUGCCCUCGGGAUCUCCGCGGGCGUCGGCGCCUUGGCUGUGAGCUGGGCCUGGAGCGCCUGCAGCGGGCCAAGCUUCCAAUCAUACACCCAGUUGCUGCAGCCGCUGCAGACCGUGUACGUCUGGCGCCUCGGCAUGGUGGUGGGCGGCAUUUAUUUUCUCGGGCGCAAGCUCGGGAGCGGCUCCUUCGGCGACAUCUACUUUGUGGUAAACACGCAGACCGGGGAGGAGCUCGCGGUGAAGCUGGAGAGCGCGGGGGGCUCAGCCUCGGUGCGAGCGGCCAAGACGAAGCACCCGAUGCUCAUGUACGAGGCAAAGCUCCUCAAGCACCUCCAGGGCGUGCCGGGCAUCGCCAGCGUGCACUUCUGCGACGUGGAGGGAGACUACAAUGUCAUGGUGAUGGACCUGCUUGGGCCGUCCUUGGAAGACCUGUUCAACAUCUGCCGCCGCAAGUUCAGCCUGAAGACGGUUCUGAUGAUCGCGGAUCAGAUGCUCUACAGGAUCGAAUACUUGCAUUCGAAGAGCUUCAUUCACAGGGACGUGAAGCCGGACAACUUCCUCAUCGGUCAUGGAAAGAAGUCCAACAUCGUGUACAUUAUUGAUUUUGGCCUCGCCAAGAAGUAUCGCGACCCAAAGUCUCAGCAGCACAUCCCGUAUCGUGAGAACAAAAGUUUGACGGGCACCGCCCGAUAUGCGUCAAUCAAUGCACAUCUCGGCGUGGAGCAAAGCAGGCGGGACGACCUGGAAGCCAUCGGCUACGUGCUGAUGUAUUUCAAUCGUGGCCAGUUGCCUUGGCAGGGCUUCCAAGCCAAUACGAAGGAAGAGAAGUACCACAAAAUCAUGGAGAGCAAGCGCUCCACGUCGGUCGAGUCUCUCUGCAAGGGGUACCCCGCGGUCUUCGCCUCCUACCUGAACUACUGCCGCGCGCUCCGCUUCGAGGACCGGCCAGACUACGCAUACCUGCGCCGGCUGUUCAAGGAUCGCCCAGCGGGGGGAUCGACAAGGCGCGAGGAUGACCUUUCGCCGGAGUGA